UUUUCUAUUAUUUCAAUCGUAACCAAAGUGCUUCCUUUUUUUUCACUAAAAAAGAACCCCAAAAAAUACCCCAAACCAUCAAGCAAAAUCAUAUAGCCGUUUCUUUUGUUGUUUUCUCUCUCUCUCUUAAAGUUUCAUCUCUAGAGCCUCUGGUUUCCUCUUCUCCUUCUUUUUGCUUACCAGAUAAUGUAAAAGAAUAUAACAAAGCUUUUCCCAUUUAUAAACCCAAAAGGAGUUUUUUUUUUUCUUGUCCUUGAAAAAGAAUGGCUUUGAGUAGGUUCUGGGGUUGGUUUCUUAUCCACAUUGCUCUGUUUUUAAGCUUGUGUUACGCUGAGGAUCCAUUUGUUUUCUAUGAUUUUGAGGUCACUUACAUCACUGCUUCUCCUUUGGGUGUUCCCCAACAGGUUAUUGCUAUAAAUAACAAGUUCCCUGGCCCUACUAUCAAUUCAACUACUAACAACAAUGUCGUCAUCAAUGUUCGAAACAAAUUGGACGAAAGUUUACUUAUGCAUUGGUCUGGGAUUCAACAGAGGCGUAGUUCAUGGCAAGAUGGAGUUCUUGGCACUAAUUGUCCAAUUCCUCCUAAGUGGAAUUGGACUUACCAGUUCCAAGUUAAGGACCAAGUUGGGAGUUUCUUUUAUUUCCCAUCACUGCAUUUUCAGAGGGCAGCUGGUGGUUUUGGUAGCUUUAUUAUCAACAAUAGACCUAUAAUUCCUAUUCCUUUUGACACUCCUGAUGGGGACAUUGUCAUUUUGAUUGGUGAUUGGUACACGCGAAAUCACACGGCUUUGAGAAAGGCACUUGAUGCCGGAAAAGGUCUAGGGAUGCCAGAUGGAGUUCUUAUUAAUGGCAAAGGUCCUUACCGAUAUAAUGAUACUCUUGUACCUGAUGGUAUCGAGUAUGAAACGAUUAACGUCCAUCCAGGGAAAACUUAUCGCCUUCGAGUUCACAACGUGGGAAUAUCGACCUCCUUGAAUUUCAGGAUUCAGAGCCAUAAUUUACUUCUUGCGGAGAGUGAGGGAUCAUAUACGGUGCAGCAGAACUACACUAGCUUAGACAUACAUGUAGGGCAGUCUUAUUCGUUUCUGCUAACCACGGAUCAGAAUGCAAGUAGCGAUUACUACAUUGUAGCAAGUGCCAGGUUUGUGAAUGAAUCACAGUGGAAACGAGUUACCGGUGUUGCCAUUUUGCGUUAUUCUAAUUCGAAAGGAAAGGCAUCCGGUCCCCUCCCUGAUCCACCGCAGGAUGAUUUCGACAAAACCUUUUCAAUGAACCAAGCUAGAUCUAUCAGAUGGAAUGUAUCUGCCAGUGGUGCUCGCCCGAACCCACAGGGAUCGUUUAGAUAUGGUUCGAUUAAUGUGACUGAAGUUUACGUCUUGAGAAACAAACCACCAGAGACUAUUGAUGGGAAAAGACGAGCGACACUCAGUGGGAUAUCCUUUGUCAAUCCUGCUACACCAAUCCGGCUUGCUGACCAGUAUAAGAUUAAAGGAGUAUAUAAGCUUGAUUUUCCCAAUAAACCACUUACAGGGCCACCUAAAAUGGAAACAUCUGUUAUUAAUGGGACUUAUAGGGGAUUUAUGGAAGUCAUCCUACAGAACAAUGACACUAAGAUGCAUACUUAUCACAUGAGUGGAUAUGCAUUUUUCGUUGUCGGAAUGGAUUACGGUGAGUGGUCGGAGAAUAGCAGGGGCACAUAUAAUAAGUGGGACGGGAUUGCCCGCUCCACAACACAGGUUUAUCCUGGUGCAUGGACUGCAAUCUUGAUAUCACUUGACAAUGUCGGAGUCUGGAACCUUAGAACUGAAAACCUCGACUCAUGGUAUCUUGGUCAAGAAACAUAUGUCAGGGUUGUCAAUCCCGAGGCUACAAACAAAACUGAGUUGCCUAUGCCCGACAAUGCCCUCUUUUGCGGUGCCCUAAGCAAGUUACAAAAGCCGCAGGAUGUAUCAUCAUCAUUGGCAACAUCAAUCAUAGAGGGUAGAUCAAAACUGUUCUUUACAGUGCUGAUGAUUGCCUCGACCCUUUUCCUCGUUUCCCGCUAGGUGCUUUUCUUUCGGGGGUGGUCUGUGCUUGUCCGAACACGUGCUUCACACGUAAGGUUUGUGUUUGUAUGUUUAGGCGUGCGGGUGUAGUGUUGUUGAUAUGAAUCUUUGGUGAUUUUGAUAAGUUCUAUUAAUUUUUUUUUUCCUUUUUUGGGUUUUGGUUCAGAAUGUUGUUAAUGCAUUGCAUCAAGGGUUUCCUUGUUUAAUUUAUUGGGAGCAUACCAUUCUUUUAGUACCUAUAAUUUAUGUACUGAUGACAAUGCAUCAAAUUUAACCUCAUUUCUCUA